AUGCUCCUCAACACCAUCCUGAACACCGCCUGGCUGGCCGGCUCUGCGGCUGCCCUCAGCAUCCCGGCCCAGCUGCAACUCGCCGACACCGCCGUCGACCGCUACGAUAUCCUGUCCAAGGACUCCGACUUUGUCUUUGACUUCAACACCGCCACGCUCCCCAUGGCCAACCGGAAGUCCUUCCCCGCGCUGGUCGGCACCAACAUCGCCCUGGCCGUCAACCCUAUUGACCCCUGCAGCAUGGCCUCCCUGCACAUCCACCCCCGCUCCGCCGAGAUCUUCGUCGUCCUCGCGGGCACCAUCGACACCGAAAUGAUCCCCGAAGGCGGCGUCCUCACUGCCCCCAGUGAUGACGGCACAGUCACCCCGCGCGUCAUCCACACCACCCUCCACGCCAACCAAACCACCAUCUUCCCCCAGGGUUCCUUCCACGCCCAGUUCAACAACCAGUGCACUCCGGCCCUUGCCGUCGCGGCUUUCUCAUCGGAUGAUCCGGGCGCGGCGCUGGUGCUGCCGCAGGCGCUGGAUCAGUCGCCGGAUGAGUGGGUGCUGAAUUCGUUUGGGGAGGGGGCGGUUACGAAGGAGGAGCUGGAGAGGUUUCGGGCGAAGGUGCCGAGGGGGGCGUUUUUUGAUGUUAGGGAGUGUCGGGAACGGUGUGGGUUGGCUUAG